AUGCAGAUCCAUUCCUGCGGAGACGGCGAAACCGCUUCACAAACGACGGCGGCCAUGCUGGUCGAGAAGCAGACGCCGCGCGAGAUGCUGAGCCGACAUUGCAGUGCCAUGGUCGCCCUCAGUGUGCUCUCGUUCCUCUUCACGUACGCGAUCUGGUGGACCGCCAUCUUUACGCUGUUCGUCGGCGCCAUCGGCUACGUAGCGUCAGAAAUGACGUCGGACCGACCAGCGUUUGCCGAGCCGCCGCUAGACGUGCGCUGCACCAAAGGCAACCUCGAGCGACAGGCCGCGCUCUGUGAAUUUUUUUACUAUGCCACGUGUCUCCUUGGCGCGCUCCAGUGCGGCGGCGAGAUCAUGCUGCUACUGCACAUGACCAACGCCAUGUCGUUCAGCGACAAGAACGGCUGGGACGUCGCUUGCAUCGUGCUCGGCUCUCUGCUGAUCGCGGCGCUUGUCGUUAUCACUUACUUGGCGCACCGUGCGUGCGCAGCCAUGCUCCAAGAGAACCGCGAGUUUCCUCCGCACAACCCUUUGUUGACGUACUAA